UAUUGACAUCCGUCUCAAACGGCCAUAUCUUACGCCUGUCAAAACCUGACUUCCUCAUAAUUUGUAGUAGCUUUUAAUUCAUCACUCAAGCCGCUGUUAGUGUGAGGAGAACAGGCUGUUCUCUUACAUGAGGAGCGGGCUGGAGGAGUAAAGCAGCCCGACAGGAGAGAUGAUGGCUGGACUGCUGAUGGUGUUUCUCGGGGGGCUGCUGGAGGUCUGUAGCGGAGUGUCAGCAAACAGAGGGGGAUAUCCCUCCUUUACAGACGAAAUCCCUUUCAAAAUACACUGGCCAGGCGCAGAAUUCACACUGCCAGCUUCAGGGAUACUUUACAAGGAAGAUGACUUUGUCAUCAUGACAACAACAGAGAAGGAGAAGUAUAAAUGUCUCCUGCCUUCCCUGACAUCUGGAGAUGAGGAUGAUGAUAAGGAGUACACAGGGCCUAGUCCGGGUGAACUCCUGGAGCCACUAUUCAAACGUAGCAGCUGCUCCUACAGGAUUGAGUCAUACUGGACAUAUGAAGUAUGCCAUGGAAAGCAUAUAAAACAGUAUCAUGAGGAGAAGGAGACUGGCCAGAAAAUUAGUGUUCAAGAGUACUUCCUGGGGAAUAUGGCACAGAAGAGCCAGGCAACAGAGACAGAUAAAGUUGAAGAGGCAGAAAAUGUCAAACCAGCAGCUGAAACUGAAGUGCCCUCUAAGAAUAUAGAAGGUCAGCUGACUCCCUACUUCUCAUUGGAGAUGGGAAAUGGGACUCCUUGUGUGCUGAAACAGAACGACGCUCGCUCCUCGUCCGUGCUGUACGUCUGUCAUCCAGAGGCCAAGCAUGAGAUCUUGUCUGUCGCUGAGGUCACUACCUGUGAAUACGAGGUGGUGGUGUUGACACCGCUGCUUUGCGCACACCCAAAGUACAGGUUCAAGUCCUCCCCGGUAAACGCCAUCUUCUGCCAGGCUCUGGAAGGCUCCCCUUUACGGCCUUUACGGCUCGCCCAGUUGGAUAAGGAGCAAGAGGAGCAGCUUAAACCACCUUUCAGCGCCACCACCGAGACUACCAGAGAGGAGCCGACACCACCAAUGAGAGAGGAAGCCUUCAGUUCCACUCACAAACCCAUGACUGUCGGAGGGCAGACUCAGGUCACUGUCGGCACCACUCACAUCUCUCGUUUGACGGACGACCAGCUAAUCAAGGAGUUUCUCAGUGGCUCAUACUGUCUGCAUGGGGGGGUAGGAUGGUGGAAAUAUGAAUUCUGUUAUGGAAAGCAUGUCCAUCAGUACCAUGAGGAUAAAGAGCAAGGAAAGAACACGGUGGUGGUCGGGAACUGGAACGCCAUGGAGCACACUGAGUGGGCCAAGAAGAACGUCGCCCGAUCCUACCAGCUCAAAGAUGAUGGAGUGCAGAAAGUCAAGUUGGUUUCCCACUUCUAUGGCUACGGGGAUGUGUGCGAUCUGACAGGGAAGCCCAGACAGGUCAUUGUCAAGCUCAAAUGUAAGGAGUCUGAGUCUCCCCAUGCUGUCACUGUCUAUAUGCUGGAGCCUCAGCCUUGUCAGUACAUCCUUGGGGUCGAGUCUCCGGUCAUAUGCAGGAUUCUUGACACUGCUGAUGAACAUGGACUUCUGUCAAUCUCCAGCUAAACUAACAAAGAUCAUAUGCCAGCAAUGGAGCGCAAAGGACAAAGAGAGAUGCACUUGAGGAGAGAACAUUUAUCAUAAAAUAGAAGCCUGUUUGGUGGAGGAAGAGAGAUGCCCGCGGAACUGCGCUAAAAGCCAAAAUCGAGGUUAAACUGAGGUUAAACUUGAUCCUGAGGCUGGACUUCAUGUAGCCGAGGAGCACAGCCCCGGUGCCCUGAUCUGUGCAACGGGCAAUGCUACAUCACAGCCUUAAUCCAGCAGGCUGGCUCAGACUUUGUGAAAACACAGUGAAUUGGCCUCACUCCUCAAGGCAGUGGAUUCAUUGCCUGUACUCUAUAUCUGUGCUUCACUUUGUGUUGAUUAAUUGCAAACGAAGGAGUGAUGAAUCGGGGGAUUCAUAGUCAUCAGGGGAAUCACAUUAUUCAUGGUGGUUUUAUUGUCUUUUAAGGUUUAUUUGUGCGUGUGAUUUGAAAAUGAUUAGCUGCUUGACUGUGAGCACUUGUACUUAGGUAGGGAGAAAAGGUGUGCGGAAAUGUUUUGCAGCAGUAAGAAUGUGUAUUGUGUUGAUUUUCAGGAUGAGUGAGUGUAACUUAUGCAUUCGUUUGCUGUGGAGUAGCAACAAAAGUGAAUGGUUGAUUAAAAUUUCCUAUAAGUUUGUUGGAUGUACAGAAUGUCUGUGGGUUCCUGUAAGAGGUAUUCUGUGGUUUUAUGACGAUGCACACUGGGAUCCUGAUCACUGCUGAAUCACGGAUGCAAAACAUUUGCAGCAAAGAAUAAAACUAAGACAUGAAAUCUCAUUUAUAGUGUUGCAUUACCUCAAAGGGAAAAAAAAACAUUUGAUUUGACUGAGAUAUAAAGAUUUUAUGGCAAUAAAUGUCUAUUCUUAAAAAUGAUU